CUCUAAGUAAGUAAGAUUCAGCCACCUAGCAACAAAAACAACAACAAAGCCAGACAGUGACAACGACACAAUUACGUUAAAUUAUAUUGCUCUAACAUGAUCCGUUAGUUUACCAGCUACGUAAUCACACACACUCUCUGUUUGUGUAGUGAUUUGGGCUGAGAGCCAAACGUGCCGUUAUUUUCCAUUCAUUCGUUCAGCCUCCCUCCCUCCCUCUCGCUCUGUUACAUAAAGUCCUUGCGAGUACCAUUUCCGAUGCCUCACGCAGCAGCCAUCUCGCUCUUUUCGCAUUGCGUGAGAGAGAGAGAAAGUGAGUGAGAGAGUUCGUGCGCCUGCAGUGUUGUUGCAACCCACUAGGAAAUGCACUCACUUUCAAGAUCAAUGCGAAAGGAGCUUAAUAAUUGUGUUCAAAUUUAGAAAUUGCACUCAUUCAUUCAUUUAGUUUGCGUGCAACGCUCGGAGAGUCCGAAUAUCCAUCACAGUCACAGCCACAGAGCACAGCGCGUCGAGAUUGCAAUAAUGUUGCAUAGGCUCAAGGUGCUUGUCACCCGCUACCCGAUAAUGCGCGGCAUGAUAUCGUAUAGCCUGAUAUGGCCCACGGGCAGCCUCAUCCAGCAGACGGUCGAGGGAAGGAGCUGGGGCACCUACGACUGGUGGCGCGUCCUGCGCUUCAGCAUGUACGGCGGCCUUUUUGUGGCGCCUACGCUCUAUGGCUGGGUCAAGGUCUCGAGCGCCAUGUGGCCGCAGACAUCGCUGCGCACGGGCAUCAUCAAGGCGGCGGUGGAGACGGUGUCCUAUACGCCAGGCGCCAUGACCUGCUUCUACUUCAUUAUGAGCCUGCUGGAGUCCAAGACGGUGGAGGAGGCGGUGGCCGAAGUGGGAAAGAAGUUUCUGCCCACCUACAAGGUUGCUCUGUGCGUGUGGCCGCUGGUGGCCACCAUUAACUUUAGCCUCAUCCCCGAGCGCAACCGGGUGCCGUUCAUCAGCGCCUGCAGCCUCUGCUGGACUUGCUUUCUGGCCUAUAUGAAGCAUCUGGAGCAUCACGAGGUGGAUCACGCCAUUUAGAGCUGCAUUAUUGUACCUUAUUUAUUAAAUUACAUUAAAUUAAGAAUUUUAUAGAA